AACAACAUGGCCAGUCAUCGAAUCAUCCAAUCUGUCAUGUACGCUGGCAAUUUCACCAGCUCAGAAUCCGGCUGGAUAAUCGGCCAGGAGCACGGAAUGGAGCAUAGCGAUGAGUGCAUCUUCCAGAGGCGUAGGCCCACGGUGACGCUCUUUGUGCUCUACGGAUUGGCCGUUCCCACCUUGUCGACCUUUGGACUGUGCACGAACUUCAUCAACGCCGUCGUCUUCAUGCGUCCCAAGAUGACGCCAUCGGCCUUCAGUUACAUGGCGGCCCUUUCCUGGAUGGACUGCAUCUCGUGCCUGCUCAUCACAAUGACUGCCCUGUCCAGGAGCUAUUUUUACAGCAGUCCCACUUGGAUUACCUACGACUAUCAGUGGCAAACGGCACUCUUCGGCAUCAGUACUGGUGGAGCGAACCUGAUCCUGGCGUGUCUGAGCCUGGAUCGAUUCAUCUUUCUGUCCAGUUUUAAGGGGAGCAACGGAGCUCCUCGAUUUUGCCGAAGAAAGGUGGCUCGCUGUAUCAUCGUUGUGGCAAUAGGCAUAUCCAUCGUGGUCAAUAUGCCGUACUUUUUCGUCUUCUACGUGAGUGACUCGGGCACCUGUCACGUCACAGAUUUCUACUACACAAAUUUUUAUAAAGUGCAAAACUGGUUCACCUUUGCCUUGUUGGCCCUUUUGCCAGCCAUAUUCCUGCUCAUCGGCAAUGGAGCCAUAAUUAUAGUAUUCCGCAAAUGGACAAAGCAAAGUCGGAUGUGCCAGGCUAACAACCCCGCCGCUAAUAACCGCACCACUGCCAAGCGAUACCAGCACCAAAUGAAGUUGACCAUCAGCAUAGUGAUUGUGAUUACAUUGUACCUCUUUGGCGAACUGCCCGCCCACAUGACGUCCAGAAAGAGCUCCUUAAAUCUAUUAUUCGGUGGUGAUACCAACAAGGUGAAUGCCUCCUUCAUUGAGCAGCUGGAAGUGAUCUGCAUAACAUUGAAUGCGCUGCAGCUGUCCUUGAACAUAGUUGUCUAUGCCGUAAUCAAUCCAUCGUUUAUGCCAGAGUUUUUCCUGUGUCUUAAGGGCACCUCUGAUGUGUGCUUCGGAUUGUGUUGUUUCCGGGCUGUACGAAGGACGUGGAGGCGCUGCCAGGACAAGAGAAAGCAGAAGGCUACCGCGGAGGAGCGAGUGGUGAGCAGUGUGAGUCCACAACACCUGCCACCAGAUGAGGCAUUGCCCUGCGGCUGCGAGAGUUGGGCCAGUGACUCCAGCUGCAAGCUCAAUGCGCAUUGCAAAACGGCAGUGGGCACAUUCACCAUGAAGGAUUCCGAGCAGGACGAAGAGCAUCAUUGCCACCAUGAGUCGGAGGUCUUUUACACCAGAUCUAGCGCCUGCCUGCACACAAAGGACUCCGCACCCGACGAAGAUUCCAUAUUCAGUUCUAGUUUCAUAAUUAUUACUUAA